AUGUUUGAAAAUGGUCAACGAAUGAACCUCACGACUGAUCAUCUAAAUAUGGUUGGGUUUCUAUUACAAUCUUUCAAAAGACACAACGCUAACCAUUUCUCAGAUUUCAUUGACUUUAAUAAUUCGCACAGUCAGAUAUCUAAGUAUUCAACGUGUUGUUGUGUUCAAAGUAGAGAUAUUCAAAGAUCCAAUAACAAGUUCAAGUGUCUUGAUAAUUAA